UACACACACCAACAUGGCGGUGACCGAUGGGAAUUGGGAGUUUGAUAAAUUCGACGAUGGUUCGACAAAAAUUGUGGGUGAGCUUCAACUCAAGAAGUAUGGGAUGUUUAUGGAGGAUUACGCCACACAGCUGAGAGAGAUCGAGGAUGCCCUGGACGACUCUAUAGGGGAUUCCUGGGACUUCACACUGGACCCUAUUGCACUUCAGCUCCUGCCCUAUGAACAGACCAGUCUGCUUCAGCUGAUCAAGACAGACAACAAAAUCUUCAACAAGAUCAUCACAGUGCUGGCGUCUCUGUGCUCAGAAAUGAAGGCCCUCCGACACGAGGCGGAGAGCAAAUUCUUCAACGCUCUCAUCUUCUACGGAGAAGGAGAACCAGAGAAAGGUUUAGCUGAGGGAGAAGCGCAAGUGCAGAUAGGUCGCAUGAUGCCUUUGAUUCAGGAGCUGUCCUGCUUUGUGAACAGAACUAAUGAAGUGGUGAAGAAUGUCAUCCAACAGUUUGCCUGUCUGUUCUCUGUUGUCAGAAACGGUCCCAAGCUGUUGGAUGUGAGUGAUGUCCACUUUCAGGUGGUCUAUGAACAUUUGGGGGAUCUACUGGGGGUGCUGAUUACCUUGGAUGAAAUCAUUGAAAACCAGGGGACACUCAAAGACCACUGGAUUCUGUACAAAAGGAUGUUGAAGUCGGUGCACCAUGAUCCAGGAAAGUUUGGAAUCGCAGCCGAGAAGAUUCGUCCUUUCGAGAAGUUGAUUAUGAAGUUGGAGGGACAGUUGUUAGAUGGCAGAAUUUUUCAGGACUGUGUGGAACAACCGUUUGACACCCCCACUGUGUACGUGUCCAAAAACCCUAAUCUUGCCGAGGAGUUUGCUGUAAGCGUCAAGGAGUACCUUAUGGAGUUGGAGGCUCGAAUCGGUGAGCCCAACGAGAUGGACCAGCGGUACAAGUUUGUGGGCCUGUGUGGACUCUACAUCCUUCACUUCCAGAUCUUCAGGGUCAUUGACAAGAAGGUCUUCAAAAGUGCCUGGGAUAUGCAUAAAAAAAUUCCGGCUGUCCACCUAAUCGGAAACAUCGUGUGGUUUCCCACGGAGUUCCUGCUGAGUAAGAUGCCCCAGGUGGACAAGCUUCUUGACAGAAAAGCCAAGGACUCGGUGACCUCUACCAGAACAUCAUGGCUGGCCCAGCGGCAGCAGUUGCUGACGAAAGAUGUCCAGAAUUUCCACACGACUGUAAUGGCAUGGAUGGUAGAAAUGGAGUCAGCCAUGACCAAAGCAAACUUAAUGGAGGACCUCAACAACAGAUGUGUGCUAUUCAUACAGGGAGUUCUACACGCUUACAACAUCAGCCACCUGGUGAGGACCACCAUGAACCUCCAUGUCGCCAUGUCUAAACCAAUGACCAAGUCCUGCCUACUCUCCCUGUGUCGCCUCAUCGAGCUCCUCAAGGCCAUAGAGCACACGUUCCACAGGAGGACCAUGUUGAUCGCGGAGUCUGUCAACCACAUCACACAACACCUCAGCUUUAUCUGUCUGAACAGCAUCGCUGUAGCCAAGAAAAGAAUCACGUCAGACAAGCGCUACAGUGAGAGGAGGCUGGAUGUGUUGUCUGCCCUUGUCCUCGCUGAAACUGCCCUCAAUGGACCAGGUACCAAGGAGAGAUUUCUGAUAACACAGUUGGCUCUAGCACUGGGUACCAAAAUGAAAACCUUCAAAGAUGACGAGCUACAGAACCUGGCAGCGACAAUGAAGAAGAUGGAGGUCAUCUGUGAUCUCCGGGAGAAGGUGCGCCAGGCCUGUGACUGCUCCUUCUUCUACUGGCACCGAGUGAUCCUCCCCAACUACCUGACCGACAUGUUUGAGAAUGUCACUGACCCCCACAGGAUACACUACAUGUUUGGAGCUCUUAGGGACUGUGUUCCAAGAAUGGCCGCUGUGCGUCACAUGGCGACACCCAAAGAAUUGACUGACGCAUAUGACAGAGAAAUAUAUGGCUACUUCAAAGAGAACCUGUUGAGUCCCCUGUGUCAGGCCAUUGAGACGGACCUCCGACUACAGAUCCACACUCACCUCCAGCUCGACGACAGGAAUCCGUUCAAGGUGGGCAUGAGGGAUCUCUCCCACCUGCUUAGAGUUCGACCAAUCAGAUUGUUCGACAGACUGAUCAACAUCAAAGCCUACGUGGAGCAUUACCUGAACAAGACGUUCUACAACCUGACCACUGUGGCUCUACACGACUGGAAGACGUACGGCGAGAUGAAGAACAUGGCACAACAGAAGUACUGUCUGAGUCUACUCGAGUCCCACCUACCUAGUCAGACACUUGAACAGGGCCUUGAUGUUUUGGAGAUUAUGAGGAACAUCCACGUGUUUGUCUCCAGAUACAUGUACAAUCUAAACAACCAGAUUUUUGUGGAACGAUCCAGCAACAACAAGCACCUCAACACAAUCAACAUCCGACACAUCGCCAACUCCAUCCGGACUCACGGCACGGGCAUCAUGAACACCACGGUGAAUUUCACUUACCAAUUUCUGCGGAAGAAGUUCUAUAUUUUCUCACAGUUUCUCUAUGAUGAACAUAUCAAGUCCAAGUUAAUCAAGGAUUGGAAAUUCUUCAGAGAAAAUCAUAUGCAGACUGAUCAAAAGUAUCCUGUGGAAAGAGCAGACAAAUUCAACAAAAACAUCAAGAACCUGGGUCUCACUCCAGAUGGAGAUAGUUAUCUGGAUCAGUUCCGGACUCUCAUCUCACAGAUAGGGAAUGCAAUGGGAUACAUCCGUAUGAUCCGGUCUGGAGGUCUCCACUGUUGUAGCAAUGCUAUCCGGUUCAUUCCCGACAUUGAGGACAUUGUGAGCUUCGAGGAGCUGUGUAAAGAGGAGAACUUGUCCUCAGAAUGUCAGGCUGCCGCCAAAAACCUUGACAAUGUGGUUGGAAAUCUGGCUAGAAACUUUGCAGAGGGCACAGAGUAUUUCAAAAUGCUGGUUGAUGUCUUUGCCCCAGAAUUCAGAAAUCCCAAAAACAUGCACCUGAGGAACUUCUUUGUAAUUCUUCCUCCACUGACUGUAAAUUACAUUGAACAUUCCAUAAGCUGUAAAGAGAAAAUGAGCCGACGAAACAAAGUGGGAGCAGCCUUCACUGAUGAUGGCUUUGCUAUGGGAGUGGCCUACAUUUUGAAGCUGUUAGACCAGUAUCAUGAGUUUGACUCUCUUCACUGGUUCCAGUCAGUCAAAGACAAAUACAGGGCAGAAAAGGAGAAGCAGAGACAGGCUAUGGCCAACAGGGCGGAUGAGAAAUCCCAACAGACCAUGACCCUGACAGUGAAGAGGCUAGACCAAUACCAGCAGGAAUAUGACCUGCUCAACUAUUCCCUCAGCAGUGCCAGGAUUUUCUUCCGUGCUGAUAAAACUGCCGCAGAAGAGAACGAGGAGAAAAAAGCUGAUGGAGAGCCGAGUACCAGUUCAGACCCUGCUCAGGCCACCAGUCAAACUACAACAACUCCAGCAGAUUCCAGUGCCCCACCUCCUCCAGUUGCCCCGGCGGCCCCUGCUGCCCCACCCCCUCCGGCCCCAGCCCCACCCCCACCACCAGGUGGCGCUCCCCCUCCCCCUCCUCCUCCUCCUCCUCCUCCACCUCCACCCCCGCCUCCGCCCCCGCCUCCUCCAAUGUGAGCAACUUUGGGAUGGACUCAGUACUCCAAAACCCAGUGUCCACAUACAAUAUAGUAAAAGGACCUAUGUGCAAUUUUGUAAAAUCAGAUAUAGGACAUAAACAAUACAUGUAUAUAUUUUUUGAAGAACUCUAUAGGAAAAAUGAAUUACAAAUUGUGAAGUAUACUUUUAUGAGAAUACUGAUUUGGACAUGAUUAGAAUUUAUUGUUGAUUCACAUUAUGGCUUUGCUUUAAGUUUGAAAUUGUGCUAUAUUGAUGCUAUUUUUGUGGCUAUGAAAGCUUAUAAGUGCCAAACAGAGAUUAUGAACAAUAUUGAUGUAUCUAAUAUAAAAUAAAAUAUGCAAUCUUA